AUGAAUUCAAUUCCAACACAGUCGAUCUUAGUCCUUACCUUGAUGCUUCUGCUGGUGGUGCCUGGUGUUGAAGCAGUAGAAUCUGGAGAUGCAGUUGCGCUCUUAUUAGGUGUGGUUCUCAGCAUCACGGGCAUUUGUGCUUGCUUGUGUAUAUACGCAAGAAAGCAAAACAGACAGAUUUGA